UCUUGUCAUUUUGUUCGUGGCUGCGCUAAGCAUUCUCAUUUUUGUAACUUUUUCAAUAUUCCUGUAGAUUAUCUUAUUAAUCGUUAGUAUUUAACUUACUUUAUGUCUAAGUUACUAGAAAUCAAAAGAUAUAUUGUUAUUAUAUAUAAAGUAACGUGAAUGGGCUGUAUUGACAACAGGGUAUUUAAUUCAGUCGCAAGAUGGACUCAUCUUCGGAAAAACCAAUUAAUGUUCCCGAUUCUCAAGAAAAACUAGCAUCAUUGUCUCGUUUUACAUUGUCAAGAUCUAAAAAAAAUAAACGAGUAAUUACUGGAAGAUUAUCGACAAAAUCUAUGUUAAAACACAAAAAUAAAAAAGCAGAUCCACAUGUACCUCACACAAUAACCACAGAGAUGGAUAGUAAUCUGUCAUCAAAACAUGCAGAAGUAAUAAAUGCAAAUUCCACCAUAACUAGUGCAGUGAAAAAUAAUAACGAUGAUGAUCACAACAAUGAUUUACCUAUUUUCAACAUAUCUUCAGAUAGCUCACCAUCACAUUCACAAGAUUGGGCCAUAAAACCAGAAAUGAAUAGUAAUAACUUUACUAUCAGUGAAUUUGAUCCACUGGAUACUAGAAAGCCCAACGGAAAAUAUAAUAAUCAAAGUAACAGCGAGAUUAUGGAUGCAGUAAUUAUUGACUCAUCUGAUGAUUCUGAUGAUGAAAAACCUUAUUCUUUACAAUUUGAAGAGGAUGGACCUGAUAUCAACUCAAAUUUAGUAUGGCAAACAUCAAAGACAGAAUGUCUAAGAAACCAGUUUACACAAAAUAUGGAAUGCAUUAUACCGAGCAGCGAAUCGGACAGUACCACGUCUGAAACCAUUAUUGUAGAUAGUGCAUCAGUAAGAUCCACUCCUGAGGAUAGCGUUAUCGAGAUUGUUAGUUUGAGCCAGGACAGUGAAAUUCAGAUAAGUGAGCCAACUCCGCCAUCAAAUAUGUUUAGUGUACACUCACAACCCAAUGUGAUACUUUUAAAAAAACCCAAUAUUAAUGCUCACGGUCCCUAUUACGAUGGCAAUUUGACAUGGGUUUUUGAUGAUAAUUUGAUUUAUACUUUAAAAUCAUUAUUUUGUGUUUUGACUGAGAAAAAGUUGAUUUGUUAUACUGACUCCUCUAGAAAAAUUCUUAAGGAGGUCUAUAAUCUAGAUAAUGUGACAUCAGUACACACUGUGAAGGAAUUCGAUUGGAAAAAUUACUUAUAUUGCUUCGAAGUGGGCAUAUCAAACCCGGGAUCUUGCAGUGUGAAACAAAGUUCAACAUUAAAAAUAACAUUUGGUUGCCCAACCUCUGCUGACAGAUUAACUUGGACUCAAAAUAUUGCUAAAAAUCUGACAUCCACAUUUCCUUAUGACAAAGACAUAGAAUAUACACGGCUUGGAUGGUGCUAUCUAAAGGCGAGCGCUACUGGCGAAUGGCUAGCAGCAUGGCUGCUAUUAACUGAAAGACGGUUAAUGUACUAUUGUGCUGAAGAUGUCACUGACAUUGUUGACUUAAGAAAAACCAGAAAUAUUGGUACUCAGGAAGCCGACGAGGAAUCAAAAAAAGCAUGCCCCGGUGAUUGUGGCUCUAAUUUGUUUUUAGACGGUUAUGGAGCAUCAUUACACUUGCGAUUUCUCCAUACUGAGGAGCUCCAGAAUUGGAACACUGUCAUACGAUGUGCGGCGCACAGCAAUUUUGUAGAACUUGACGAGCAACAACUCACUAAUGAAGACAUCCCGACCAUAGUAGAUAAAUGCAUUACCUUCAUUGAUAUUCACGGCAUCCUAACAGAGGAUAUCUACCGUCGUGCAACUAGCAGCGUCGUACUGACAGAGUUACUGGAGCGAUUCAAGGCUGAUGCGUGGUCUGUGCAACUGACUCCUCAAACCUACUCCGAGCAUGUUGUCGCUGGACUAUUAAAACGUUUCCUUCGUAAUUUGCAUACCCCACUAAUUUCAAGAGAAUGCAAACAUCGUUUGAUUUACGCCUCAGCGAUGGAGAACAAUUUGUGGCGCGUCGAUGAGUACCAAAGCGCUAUAGCUAACUUGAGCCCAGUAUACUCUAACACGAUACGUAAACUAUUCUCACACCUGUACUUCAUCCAGCAAUGGAGUGCUUUUAACAAAAUGAGUGCGGAGAAUUUGGCCGCGGUGUGGGCCCCCAUCAUUUUGCCGCGCGCUUCGAGAGCCCAAGAUCAUCAAACAUCGGGGCCAGAAAAUGACAUAAUUAUUGUUAAACAAAUGAUCUUAAUGUAUAAAUUUAUUUGGCCGGUGGAUGUAAAUGACUCAAAACGCGAUUUAUUAUCCCAUCUGCUCAUCAGGAAGAUACAGGAGACAUCUGGUUCGGUAGCUCAGCCGAGCAAAGCACACGAUCUGCUUUUCUGGGUUUACAUGGAGAAUACACAUUCUCACAUCCAAGUUUCGCUCACACCUGAAAAGACUAGCGCCAAUGUGUGUGCGGAACUUAGCGCGUACACGAUUAUUCCUCUAGAUCAGCUUAUGUUGGAGGAACAAAUUUGCAAUGGAAGUAUGAAACGGAUCGUGCACCAAGAUGAGAUUGUAUUGCAUAUAGUUACCCGAUGGGGAUGUUGGGACGAUAAUGAUGGAAAGGAUAAUAACUUGGUGGUAAAAAAUAACAAAAUACUCUACCAAAUGGAAAAAGUGUUAAAAUCCGAAACGUGGCUACGCUGCCAAUUCCGUUUUGCAAACGCUGGAACAGAUAUAUUCAAAUCUUAUUUAUUUGAAUUGCAUUGCUCUAAGCUAUAUCGCUAUGCUGACGAUGAGGGUUCAGAUGUUGUGGAGGAAUGGGACAUUAAAGAUAUAAUCUGGUAUUUUGGCCAUGAGUCUAAGAGAGACCCGCAUAGUCGUUGGACUAUAACAUUUAUUCACAAAAAUAAGAAUCGAAGGAGCAAGGAGCAUCCAUUCUUCGGCAGCACCAUAGCUGGUGGAACGGAGAAUCAGCUGCAAUGGGCGACUGCACUCAUGGUUGGUCAGCAUGGCACUAUAAUGACCUAAGUACGAAUAGAUGUCAAAUAAAUAGGAACAAUCAUCUCAACUUUUAGUAAUAACUGAAGUAGAAUCUUAGUUUAACGUUGCUAAUAAGUCUUAAUUUAAGAUUAAAUAAUAAGUGUUACAGUUUUUCAAAUGUUUGUUUCACUUUUCUAAUUUUUUUACUUUUUGUAAGACCAAGAUGCAGGAGGAAUCGCCCAGUGCUUGAUUUUUUAUGGAUAUCCUACGCAUUUAUAAGUCUCCAAUUUUUUUCCUAUUUUUGAAAUUUAUAUUAGUUCCAUGUUUCUUCUAUAUUGUUACUCUUUUUCUACCAUUAACUACUUUUGAUUUUAUGGGAUCUUCCAUUAAUCGCACGAUGUUUUAGUUAUUGUUUCCCAUUUUACUCUAGAAUGUCGACAAAAUAGUGUAAAAAAAUAGUAUAGUAUUUCAUAAUUUUUGUCCCCCUCCCCUUCGUCAAACACGUGUGAUUAAAUGGACGAUCCCAUUAUAAACAUGUUAAAAGGUUAUAGAUUGAGAUCCCAGAGCAGGAUAACGAUACCUAAGUUAUCCUGUCCAAUGGGGCAGUUGACCACUGUAACAUAAUUGUUUAACUUGACUAGUAGUUGUUAAGUAAUCUUAACAAAUAUUGGCAGACAAUUUCCGGUGACUGCCACAGAAUUUAGGUGUCGUCAUCCUGCUCUGGGAUCCCAAUCUAUUAUAAUAGAUAUCUAAAAUAACGAAUAUUUGUUAUGAAAUUUAAAUGUUUAAUAGUCUGUUUGAUUUCCCACCAGAAGUCCCAGACAAUAUGUUAUUACCAUUCCACAAGACUGCUAAAAAGUAGAUACUAGAUAUAAAGGACAACUUGCGUUGUUGCCAAAUUCCAGUGUUAGUUUACUGGAUUAUUGGUGUUAGUAAUAGAAUAGUUCAUAGUUUUCUCAUUUUAGUAUUAGAACUCACUGGUAACAAAAUAGCUUUUAAGUUUCAUUGUUACUAUUACACAAUUAGAUUAUUAACAUAUAAUAGUUUUAUGUUACGUCUUUUUUCGUUUUUUUUUUCACAGUUUUUAGAUGAUUUAUAUUUGAUUACACAAUUAGAUAACAUAUAUUAAAGAGGAAAAUACUCAUGUCUUUUUUAGUUUUUUCACAGUUUUUGGAUGAUUUGUAUUUGAUUAUAAAAUUGCAUUUUUUUACUUAAGGUAAUAUUUAAUAGUACAUCUUAUUUUGUUUAUUUAUUUAAAUAAAUAAAAAUGUGCCAGUAAUAGAACGCAACAGAAUAGUAUGUAACAUUCGUAAAUUACCUAUAAGAGUGGUUUAGGAUUUUGCCAUGUAUAUUAGCAUAAUAUUUCAUAUUAAAACAAUAUCUUAGAUGUAAGUAUGUAUAAGAUCAAUGUAAAUAAGUAGAAUGGCGUGAAGUCUUGUUAGCUCAUAUAAAUAUAUCUUUACCGAGCGACUUACAGCCUAUACUAGAUAAGAAAUAAUAAAAUAGGAUUUAGUGUUAUAAGUUGGCGAGUGCAAGUUUGACCUCACAUAUAUUCUGACCAAGAAAUAUGUCAGGACACCUAUAUCGCUUUAUUUAACAUCUAUAAGUACGCGAAGAAAUUAGUUUUAUUCCUUCAAAAUAUGGUCAGGUGUUUUUGUUAUUUCUGGUCAGACUAUAAACUUAGUGAGAAAAAACUCACUUGCAUUAUAUUACUAUAAUUUACAUGUAAUUACUUUACCGCCUGAUUGAUCUCCCUGGAAAAGGCCUGUGAUAGUUUUAAGUCAUAAUUUUAGUAUUUAUUAGACAUACGGCCAAAAUUACAAAUUUAUCUACUUUUAUAAAAAAUAUUUCUUACUAACGAUUUUUCCGGCUUAACACGGGUGGACUUUGUAAUAAAACCUAAUUAACAACAUUUAAGCCUAUAUUACUCUGGUAUAAUUUUCAAUUUAUUGAUUACAUAGAAAUUGCAGUUUUUAUUAUCUUUAUAAUAUUACUGUAGUAUAUAUUCCCACUGCUAGUAUUUUCAUCAUAUAUGUAUGUAGUGUGUUAAAGCAUAUUUAAAUUUAACACUCUCCUAUUACUAUUACUAAACAUUAUAUAUCCAUUUACUAGGCAUAUAUUUAAGUACAGUUAGGUAAAACACUAACAUUACAAUACAUUUAGAAUUAAUUACAGUAAAGAGAGUUGAUUGGUUUAUUUUUUUUUUCUAUUUUUUGCAUUGAACAUUCUAAGGCUUCUAUUCGAUUUACUAAUUAACACUUACAUAUGUUUUAAGAAAAACAUAUCAUUUUGAUUUUGUUCACUACUAGUGUUAAUUCCGUCUUUUCGCAUUUAUUACUCAUAAUAAUUAGUAAUAAGAUUGUUAGUAUAAUCAAAGACUUUAAAGAAAUAUAUAGACUAGACAUAGGAAACAGCAAUUUUUCACUGGUAAAUUCUUUGAAAAUACUUACUAUGUUAGUUGUCAAGUUUAGUACCUAUGUUCUUGUAUUGACAUGAUAUAAAACAUUUUAUUAAAUUAUAAUAAGCUUCAUCAAAAAAUAAAACAGACAGUUAAAUUUAAUUUAAUGACACCUAUUGGUAAUUAAAUUCAAUACAAUUAAUUGUGACAAGUGGUCUUGAUGACCUAUCAAUAGACAGCAUUAGUGGAUAAUGUGAAAAAUGUCUCAAGUAAAGUGUCAUCUAUGCUUCCUCUAUAUAUUUUUGUAAUGUCUUUGGUAUAAAACGUACUCGAUGUGUAGCUACAACAUUUUUAAUAUUUAGCUCCUUUAUACGAACAUACUAUAUCCAUUUUAUAAUACGUAUUUAUAUCGUAGGUUCCUCAUAUACUCAUACAAGGUCCUGACUAUUUUUAACCGAGGGCCUAAUAUGUAACAGUCUUUUUCUAUACGUCAAUUAAUGACCUUUAUAUCAUAUCUUGUAUCACUAUAAUGUGAAAUAUUAAACAAUUUUUUGGAUAUCGUUUCAAGUUGUACCAUUAUUUGCUUAUAAAUAAUAUACAACUCUGAUACUAAUAUUGCUAUUGUUGAUUUAUUAGAAGAUUUAAUUUGUAAAAUUACUUUUCUUUUGUUCGUGCUUUUUUUUCCUUUAA